UCCCUUUGUAAUCAAUCCUCCAUAAUCAGUAAUCACAAAUUCCCCUUUCCCCCCCAAGCAAUUUGCAGAGGAUAAACUCAAACCCUCUCUCCGUCUUUGCUGCACAAAUCUCCAUCAGAAAUGUCGAAGCAGACCUACCGAGUUUGCUUCUGCUUCCGGCGGAGGUUCCGCCUCGCCGCGUCGGAGGCGCCGCCGGACGUUAAGGACAUCUUCAAUCGCUACUCGGAGAACGGCGUGAUGAGCGCCGAGCAGCUCCGGCAGUUUCUGGUGGACGUGCAGUCGGAGGAGGGUGCCACGCUGGAGGACGCCCAGGCUAUUAUGGAUAGCCUCAAGCACCUGAAUAUAUUUCACCGCCGGGGUUUCAAUCUCGAGUCCUUCUUCAAGUACUUGUUUGGGGAUGUAAAUCCGCCUCUCAACCCCAAUCUCGGGGUUCACCAUGACAUGAAUUCUCCACUGUCUCAUUACUUUAUACACACCGGCCACAACUCGUAUCUAACGGGGAAUCAACUAAGUAGUGAUUGUAGCGAUGUUCCCAUCAUAAAUGCACUACAGAAAGGUGUAAGAGUUAUUGAGUUGGAUAUAUGGCCGAAUUCCACAGACGACGAUGUCGUUGUUCUUCAUGGGAGGACACUGACUACACCUGUUGAGCUAAUCAAGUGUUUGAAAUCAAUCAAGGAACAUGCUUUUGUUGCAUCCGAAUACCCUGUUGUAAUAACACUAGAAGAUCAUCUUACCCCAGUUCUUCAGGCUAAAGUGGCUGAGAUGAUCACUCAAACAUUUGGGGACAUCCUAUUUACCCCCGAUUCAGAAUGCUUAAGCGUGUUUCCCUCUCCCGAAUCUCUAAAGAAAAGGGUUAUGAUAUCAACCAAACCACCCAAAGAGUACUUACAUGCCAAGAAGGUUCCAGAAAAAGAGAGUGACUCUAAGCAGGGAAAAGAUUCCGGUGACGAAGAAGCUUGGGGAAAGGAAGUCAAAAAUCUUAAAUCCGAAAUGGAUGAUGAGGAUGAGGAUGUGGAUAUAGAGGAUGAUGAUGAGGAUGAUGAUGAAGAGGAUCGAAAGGCAGAGCAGAAUACUGCACCAGAGUAUAAGCGUUUGAUUGCUAUUCGUGCUGGAAAAGGGAAGGGAGGAAUGCUGGACUGGCUCAGGGUCGAUCCUAAUAAAGUGAGACGCCUUAGUUUGAGCGAGCAAGAAUUAGAGAAGUCCAUUGAAACUUACGGAAAAGAUAUUGUCAGGUUUACACAGAGAAAUUUGCUGAGAGUAUACCCUAAAGGUAUACGUUUUGACUCUUCAAAUUACAACCCCCUAAUUGGAUGGAUGCAUGGAGCUCAAAUGGUUGCAUUCAACAUGCAGGGUUAUGGAAGAUCUCUUUGGGUGAUGCAUGGCAUGUUCAAGGCGAAUGGUGGUUGUGGAUAUGUCAAAAAGCCAGAUUUUUUGUUGAAAGCUGAUUCAUACGGCGAGGUCUUCGACCCUAGAGCUACAUUACCUGUCAAAACUACUUUGAGGGUGACUGUCUAUAUGGGCGAAGGAUGGUAUUUCGACUUCCGUCAUACACAUUUUGAUGCGUAUUCCCCUCCAGAUUUCUACGCUAGGGUGGGAAUUGCUGGAGUACCCGCGGACACUAUUAUGAAGAAAACGAAAACUCUUGAAGAUAACUGGAUACCUAAUUGGGACGAGGUUUUUGAGUUCCCACUAACAGUACCUGAACUUGCGCUACUUAGGAUCGAAGUUCACGAGUAUGAUAUGUCCGAAAAAGAUGACUUUGCCGGCCAGACAUGCCUGCCUGUAAAUGAGCUGAGGAAAGGUAUCAGAGCAGUUCCUCUUAGCAGUCGGAAAGGGGAGAAGUACAACUCCGUGAAGCUACUUAUGCGGUUUGAGUUUGUCUGAGAGGCAAUUAAUAUUUAUCAGUAUAAUUAGACAAUCACAUGUAUAUAUAUAUACACACGACAAUAUAUUUGUGUAUUACUUUACCUUGUGGAGCUGUGUGUGUUUGUGUGUGAUUUGUAGGAAUAAGAGUUUGUGUUGUGUAAUAAAUGUUGUGUUAUUUCAACGAUUUUACAGUUACUGAGACGACUACUUAUUUG